CUCAGCCUCAGCACGCAGUGAGUUUUCGCUUUCUCAGAGUUUCUUUAGUUUAUUCUAGUUCCACCGCUCUUCUAACAGCUUGUUGUGUUUUAAGUUAAACUUCAGAGUUUUUAUGUCCCGACAAAAUGUUUUCCACUUAGAAACGUCGCAUGAAUCUUAAGUUUCGGACGGAGAGACCGAACCAACCAGGAGAUGGAUUCUUCUCUGACUGCGUCUCUGCUGCUGCUGUCUGUGGUCUUCAUGCAGUUUGUCUCUGCUGCAGAUCAGAACAACACACCAAUCAACGUUAAACAUGGAAAUGACGUCAUUCUGCCAUGUGAAGAUCCUGAUCAGGGGGAAAUCACAGUCAUAGAGUGGAGCAGAACCGAUCUGGGGCCAUCAAAAUUUGUCCUCCUGUACAAAGACAAGAAGAUCAAUCCAGAAGCCCAGCAUCCAUCUUACAGGAACCGGGUUGAUCUGAAGCAGAUGGAUAAAGGAGACGUGUCUCUGCUUCUGAAGGACACGACCACUAAUGACAUCGGGACGUAUGAAUGUCGAACCACUACAGGAAAACAUGCGAAGAAACUGAUCAGCACCGUCAGCCUGGUUGUAUCAGAACCGUUUCCAGUCUGGGCCAUAGUUCUACUGGUUCUACUGGUUCUACUGGUUCUGGUUGCUGCUGCAGGAGUUUCAUUUUAUUUCUGGCUCCGCUGGAAACUAGCCCAACAGGUGGAGGUGAAAGCAGGGGUGAAGUCUGUCCAGCUGCCCUGCAGAACCACAGAGAAUCUGGAUCGAGACGUUAGAGUGGAGUGGAGGGACGGAUGGAACAGGAAGGUCCAUGUGUAUCAGAACGGUUCUGAUCAGCCUGAUGAACAGAGCCAGUUCUACAGAACCAGAACCAAGAUGGAUGGAAACCUGCUGAAGAAUAAAAACCUCAGUCUGACUCUGAAACGGCCCACAUAUGGAGACAGAGGGAUCUACAGCUGCAGAGUCUACAACAGAGACGGACACGUCCUGAUGAAGAAAGACAUCUGGCUAAAGGUCAAAGCAGGGACAGACCAGGAGGACACUGAUGGCUGAUCAAUCAGUCUGAUCAGGUUGAUCAUCUCUGAUCAUUGAUCCAGUCAGACUUUGGAUCAGAGCCGAUCUCAGUGAAGGUUCUGAUGGACCAACAGAGACACUUCCUGGUCCUCUGGUCCAGUCUGCAGCCUCUGAUUGAUCACUAUUGAUUAUUGAUGACAGAAUGAAGAUCUGAAGGAACUGAAUCAUUUCUGCUGCCUGAGGAACCAGUUCAUGACUGGAACUGGAACUGGAACUGGUUUGGAUCCAUCAGGAGGAGGAGAGUCCAGUCUGACCAGAACCAACAUCUUUUCUAUUCAAACCCUAAAAUCUCUAAACUUUUCGCUUCCAGUCCAGAAUCUGGAGAGUUUGACGAAAGAAAAUCUGGAAAUAUUUUCUGCCUUUAGAGUUUAAGAUCCAGUUCCAGUUAUUGAAUUAAUUAACCUUUAUUGGAUUAUAAUCCAGACAGAUUAAUGUAGUCCUGGAUUAUAAUCUCUGGGUUUACGGAGCCUCUAGGGAACAUGGGAAAAUAUGUUACUGCAGUAUCUGUUGGUCGAUUACAGUCACAGAAGUUAAUUUAAAAAUUUAAAUAUAAACACAUUUAAAGAGCCUCAGUGUUUAUUCUUAACUCUUUGUUGCAAUAAAUUGAUUUAUUCACUGCAUGUUUAUGUCUGUAAGGCUGAGAUGGAACUGGACAUGAAAACGGCCUUUAAAACAUUCAGACCAAAACAAAAGAGACUCAAUUAAACUAACAGAUGAUUUAUUACACUGUAAUAACAACUCAGAAAUACUGCUAAUAGUUUGGAUGUAUUUUUAUUUCUUUCCUACUUACGGAAAGUUUCUGUUUACAUCAUAGGUUUAUGGUGCCUUAACUAAAGAAAAAUAUAUAAAACUCCAGAUAUUCACAAUGUGAUGCAUGGAUAUAUAACACUGCAUGGAUAUGAGCCUUAAUAUGAGGCUUUCAUGAGGUUACAUGUUAAAACCUCAUGAAACCUCAUAGCAGAAAGUACGAUGGGCCCCUAAGAAAGAUUUACAGCAUCAGUUAUGCUGCAUGAACUGAUCAGUUCAUUAUUGAGACGGAACAAAAAAAUAAUAAUCCUCCAUGUUAGUAUUAUAUGAAUAAUUCUUUAUUAUUAUGAAUCCUGCUUUAUUAAUGUGAUGUCAAUACAAAUAGAAGCUUCUUUAUCUCACAUUUUCAUUUUAAACAUGUUCUGAAUAUAAACAUGAAGUCCUAUUAAAACUGUUACUUUGCAUAAAAUGCUGAAUUUGAACAUAAUUAGAUUUCUGCUGACUAAAUAUGUUCACUUCUGACUGAAAUAUAUUUUAUGCCUCAUUUUAUUCAUUUGUUACAUGUUGCUUCCAUAUUAAUGUCUUUUAAAAUAGAUAACUUUGAAUUUUAAACCUCUGAUCUGACUUAUUACCAAAAGGUCAUGAAAUAAUUUGGUCACUAAUAUAAAUAUUCAGUAUGUAGUGAGACAUUAGCUGAGGUUCAGACUGAGUUUUGUUACCAAAUACAGUGAUCAUAUAUGAUGCUUGUAUAUCUAUAAUGUCUUGUAUUUUAUUUCUUGUAAAUAUUUUUAUGUGUAUUACAAUUUGCUUGGUGCUUUAAGGCUGAAUGAAAAUCAGAUUUAUCAUC